AUGUCGCAAGUAUUUACUGCCGGCGACGUUGCGUCGCAUAACAAGCCUGGCGACCUGUUCAUCGUUGUCGACGGCGACGUUUACGACGUAACAAAGUUCCAGGAUGACCACCCUGGCGGCAAGAAGAUCCUCCAGCGCGUCGCUGGCAAGGACGCCUCCAAGCAGUUCUGGAAGUACCACAACGACGGUAUCCUGAAGAAGUAUCAGUCCAAGCUCCUCGUCGGCUCCCUCGACACCAAGCCCAAGCCCGAGCCCAAGGCAGAGCCCAAGCCUGCGCCCGUCGUCAAGGCGCCCCCCAAGGCCGUCGCCGCCGUUGAGAAGGAGGAGAGCAGCGACGAGUCGGAGCCUCUCGAUGCCUUUGGCGAGCAGAUUCCCUUUGCCGAUCCCAGCUGGUACCAGAGCUACCACUCCCCCUACUUCAACGAGACUCAUGCUGCCCUUCGCGCCGAGAUUCGGGAGUGGAUAGAGGCCGAGAUCGAGCCCAAUGUCACCGAGUGGGACGAGGCCAAGCGUGUGCCCGAGGAGAUCUACAAGGAGAUGGGUCGUCGCGGCUACCUGGCCGGCCUGCUCGGUGUCCACUACCCUACCGAGUAUGCCCCCAACGGCGUCAAGUCUGUGACCCCCGACAAGUGGGAUCUCUUCCACGAGCUGCUCCUGACGGACGAGCUGUCGCGCACCGGCUCCGGCGGCUUCGUAUGGAACGUCAUCGGAGGCUUCGGCAUCGGCUGCCCACCCGUCAUCAAAUUCGGCACCAAGGCCCUCAAGGACCGCGUCCUGCCGGGCAUCUUGAGCGGCGACAAGCGCAUCUGCCUUGCCAUCACCGAGCCCGACGCCGGCAGUGACGUCGCUAACCUGACCUGCGAGGCCAAGCUGAGCGAGGAUGGCAAGCACUUCAUCGUCAACGGUGAGAAGAAGUGGAUCACCAACGGUAUCUGGAGUGACUAUUUCACCACUGCUGUGCGUACCGGCGGCCCCGGCAUGAACGGCGUGAGUCUGCUGCUCAUUGAGAGGGGUGAGGGUGUCAGCACCCGUCGCAUGGACUGCCAGGGUGUGUGGUCCAGCGGAACCACCUACAUCACCUUUGAGGAUGUCAAGGUCCCCGUCGAGAACCUCCUCGGCAAGCAGAACCAGGGUUUCCGAGUCAUCAUGACCAACUUCAACCACGAGCGCAUGGGCAUCAUCAUCCAGUGCGUCCGCUUCUCGCGAGUCUGCUACGAGGAGUCGGUCAAGUACGCCAACAAGCGUCGCACCUUUGGCAAGAAGCUCAUUGAGCAUCCUGUCAUCCGUAUGAAACUUGCGCACAUGGCCCGCCAGAUCGAGGCCUCGUACAGCUGGCUCGAGAGCCUCAUCUUCCAGUGCGAGAAGAUGGGCGAGACCGAGGCCAUGCUGCGGUUGGGCGGUCCCAUCGCCAGUCUCAAGGCCCAGUCCACCCUCACCUUUGAGUUCUGCGCCCGCGAGGCUAGCCAGAUCUUUGGCGGUCUGAGUUACUCUCGAGGUGGCCAGGGCGGCAAGGUCGAGAGGCUGUACCGAGACGUCAGGGCGUACGCCAUCCCCGGAGGCAGCGAAGAGAUUAUGCUGGAUCUCAGCAUGCGACAGAGCUUGAGGGUUGCCAAGGCGAUGGGGAUGAAGCUGUAG